GACGAGGAGGACUGCCUCUGAGUCGGCUAACAGAGGAGCAUGAAGAGGAGAAUACUGUUGGUGGCGCACCGAGUCCACCCUGACUAAAUGGAGGAUGUGGUACUGCAUUACAGACCCACUGCUGCUGCCGAACUUAGUGUUCUGGUGGAGAGGACAGAGAGAGCGCUAGAGCCCUUUCCCCUUCGAGAGCUGCCUGUCUUUGCCCCCUGGUUCCCUUCCAGCAGAGACCGCUGGCUACCCGUCAGGCCCUCCAAACCAGCUCCUCGUCUCACGCCGGCCAUCACCCAGAAAAUCCUAGAGGAGGUCCAAGACCAGCGGGAAAAUGCUAGAAGCUCGCUGUGUGCAUUCCACACUGGAAAGCUGCUGGAUGUCACUACAUGUUCAGUCCGAGACGGGCCGAAGUCUUCCAGACAGAAGUGUAAAGAUGGCUUUCAUAUAUCUAACAGCAGAUCAGAAUCCGUGUUGAAGAAGGUGGUGACGAGACAUUCAACACAAAACCAAUUACAACAGCUUAAAGAUGGAGGCUUCUUCACUAAAAGGUGUUGCGAUAUCCCAGAGCCAAACACACGAACAAGUCCAGAGCCAAACAGGCAAACGAAUCCGGAGCAAAACGCACGAAGAGGAACGACCAGAUUUUCACCUAAACAACAACCGCAGGAACGCGUAGAUGAUGUCCCGGCUGCAGAGAGGGCGGUCAAAAGGUCGUGGAGUGUGGUUUUGCAGAGAGGUGUGUCGCUUCAGAGCCGCCAGUCCCUGUCAAAGCAGUUCCGCCGGAUCGUGUGGAACCACAGGCUCCACCUGCAGCAGCGAGCUAAAUGGGUGAUCUGCAAACACAACUGGGAGACAGCGGGAGGCAUAGAACAGGUGUGGAGGGAGCUGAGCAGAGUCAUACGGGCUGCCAGGCUGCCGACGUGUAAUGCCAACAUCCAGAGGGAGCACGCUCAGAUCUGGGUGUUCUGCGAUGUCCGCUACUGCGAGCAGGUAGGAAAAUCCCUGAAGGAGGAGCUGCGGCUGUUGGGGAAGAUCACUCUGUCCGUACAUAAACUGGGUGAUAUAUUCACCUUCUGACCAGCUGGGGGCUCUGUGGCCUGCUGACAUCAGCCACCUGAGAGAUGACGCAAGGCGGGUGCGAGAAAAACGCUAAAAUAAAAUUCCCAGGGGCGCCCCGGUGGCUCUCCUAGUAGACCGGUACCACAUAAGGCUGGGUCCUUACCACACCGGCCUGGGUUUGAAUCCGGCCCGGGCUCUCUGCUGCAUGUCAUCCCCGCUCUCUCUCCUGCCUUUCCUGUCUCUCGCUCGACUGCCACUAUCCAAUAAAGGCGUAAAAUAAAAUUCCCAUCAUUUUGAUAGAUGAUGUGAUAACAGCUAUCAGAGUUUUCA